AUGGCCGUGGCCGGGGCCCCCGCGGGCGGCCCUUGCGCGCCGGCGCUGGAGGCCCUGCUCGGGGCCGGCGCGCUGCGGCUGCUCGACUCCUCGCAGAUCGUCAUCAUCUCCACGGCGCAGGACGCCAGCGCCCCGCCGGCUCCCGCCGGCCCCGCCGCACCCGCCGCCGGCCCCCGGGACCCUGACCUGCUGCUCUUCGCCACUCCGCAGGCGCCCCGGCCCACACCCAGCGCGCCGCGCCCCGCGCUCGGCCGCCCGCCGGUGAAGCGGAGGUUAGACCUGGAAACUGACCAUCAAUACCUGGCCGAGAGCAGCGGGCCAGCUCGGGGCAGAGGCCGCCACCCAGGAAAAGGUGUGAAGUCCCCAGGGGAGAAGUCACGCUACGAAACAUCGUUGAACCUGACCACCAAACGCUUCUUGGAGUUACUGAGCCGCUCGGCCGACGGGGUGGUUGACCUGAACUGGGCGGCCGAGGUGCUGAAGGUGCAGAAACGGCGCAUCUACGACAUCACCAACGUCCUGGAGGGCAUCCAGCUCAUCGCCAAGAAGUCCAAGAACCACAUCCAGUGGCUAGGCAGCCAUGCAACGGUGGGGAUCAGUGGGCGGCUUGAAGGAUUGACCCAGGACCUCCAGCAACUGCAGGAGAGCGAGCGGCAGCUGGAUCACCUGCUCCACAUCAUGUGGUCCUUGACUCCACCAACCCUGGCCUAUGUGACCUGCCAGGACCUUCGUAGCAUCGCAGACCCUGCAGAGCAGAUGGUCAUGGUGAUCAAGGCACCCCCUGAGACCCAGCUCCAAGCCGUGGACUCCUCGGAGACCUUUCAGAUCUCUCUUAAGAGCAAACAAGGCCCCAUCGACGUUUUCCUGUGCCCUGAGGAGAGUGUGGGUGGAACCAGCCCUGGAAAGACCCCGUCCCAGGGGGCACCCUCGGGGGAGGAGGACAGGGCAGCUGACCUUGCCACCACAGUGCCACCACCACCAUCAUCACCGUCCACAUCGCCUGCCACGGAUCCCAGUCAGUCCCUGCUCAGCCUGGAGCAAGAACCUCUGCUUUCCCGGAUGGGCGGCCUGCGGGCCCCUGUGGACGAGGACCGCCUGUCCCCGCUGGUGGCGGCCGACUCACUCCUGGAGCACGUGAGAGAGGACUUUUCCGGCCUCCUCCCCGAGGAGUUCAUCAGCCUGUCUCCCCCCCACGAGGCCCUCGACUACCACUUUGGCCUCGAGGAGGGUGAGGGCAUCAGAGACCUCUUCGACUGUGACUUUGGGGACCUCACUCCCCUGGAUUUCUGA